UUAUCAAAAAAUGGGGGGGGGGGUAGUAAUAUCCAUACUUCAGAUGCCUGUGUCUUGGUCUACACAACACAAAACAAAUCACUCAUUUUAAAAGGUCCUAAAUACAGAGAAUUCUUUCAACUGGCAAAAGAACUUCAUUUCUUUUGUGAAUUCUGUCGAAGAUUGGCUAAAUAUGAAAAAAAAACAAAAAAAAACUUGAUACAUUGUCAGAAUAGAUUAAAGUAUAAGAUGAUAUUAAAAUCCCUCAUUAGACACAUCAAAACCAAAGUACAUACCAUCUAUCCUUCUGUGUUUAGUAAAGUGAUAAAAGAAUUGGUUCCAGCUGAUAAAGCUUAUAACAACAUUGUCUUUGUGAUUACAACUGUAUUUUAAACGAAUUGUGCUCCUUUGUUAGCUGACAUGUUUUAUAUUCUUAUGAAGCAGAAUUUAUUCAUAAACUUCUACGUGAGAAGAAAAAAAUCUCUAUACUGUGGCCUUCAAUUCGACAUUUAGAUAUAUCGACGUUUUAUAUAUUAACAAUAAUAGUUUCAUUCACAUAUGUCGAUUCGAUAUAUCCCUGUAAACUCGAAAUAAAAAAGACACCACAGAGUCGUCCACUUUUUCUUUAUACUUCGAUAUUUUAUUCAAAAUGGGUAUUAACGGCAAACUAACAACUCAACUUUAUAACAAACGGGAUGAUUUCAGCUUCUCCUUCGUCAACUUCCCAUAUUUAUGUAGCAAUAUUCAAAUAUCACCUGCAUAUGGUGUGUGUAUAUAUAUCUCAACUGAUUCGAUACGUAAGAGCUGAUUUUGACUAUGGAUAACUCUGUUUCCCUGAUCAAGAUAUAGGGCUCACGGCGGAUGUGAUCUUUCGACAGGGGAUGUUUACUCCUCGGCGCCUAAUCCCAACUCUGGUUUAUUCAGGGGUCCGUGUUUGUCCAACUCUUUAUUUUGUAUUCCUUAUAGGAGUUGUGAGAUUGAUCACUGUUCGUUAUCGUAGCCUUUCAUUUGUUAACAGUAAUGAUUUGCUGAAAUCUCGGACUACCUUUCCACUAUUGAUAAUCCCGUCAUUUUGCGCUUUUGGGUCUGGUAUGACAUUUCGAUCCAUUUUGUGUCAUGGGGGCUUGAGUUUCAUCGACAGCUGAUGACAAACUCAUUCGAGUUUUCGUAUAAUGAGAAUGGAAAGAAUAUGUGGUAAUUUCCCAUGCAACCAAGCAGAAGAAUUGGCAGGGUAGUCUCGACACAUCUGGGGCUCCACAGGAUAAACGAAUACACUCAACCAGGGAUGAUAAUUGUCCUGUUCGCACCCUACAACAACUUCUUCAUGUCACAGACCCGAAUACCACCAUCGCUAUAUAAUCACUGUUUCAAAGCUGCCAGUCUCCACAAUCAUAGAAUAUGUGGUUCACAGCAAAGUCUGUCAAAACGUACCAGUUUUUUGUUGUUGUUUUUUUUUUUAGAAAUUCUGGUUUUUCUCAAAAUUACAUUGGACACUGCCCUAGAGCGCUGUGAUUCAAGCCCCUAAGGACGAUGGUUUCAAACUCCGGCAUAUAAUGUUCAUGGGUGGGCACCGGAACGAGGUUUCUGUACGAAGUUACAAUACGAAUUGCAGUGACCAUCAACAACAAGGCCUUAGCAAUUCACUGGCAACACUCGCAAGAUCCUCUGCAACACUCACUCGUCUACCUGGAAGCCUUGACAACCCUUAAGAGAACCCUACCUGUCUGGUCUCUGAUCGCAUUCCGCAUCUUUCACAUGUCCCAUGUUUUCCGUUGGUACCCACAAAUCCCACAUCCAACCUUGAACUUAGUGCCAGUUCCAAUUAGAUUUCCAGCAGUUUUCUAUUUACAGAAUUUAUCUUUAACUCAUCCUUUCAAAACUGCACCUUUCAGUUCACAGGGAACCCAUUUACUCAACAGUAAACAUUUCGUGGAAACAGUCAUUACCUGAUUUAGUUGAUGUUUCCACAAAUUACUACGCCCAUCUCGAAUGACGUGAAAUGUAGUCCAAGAAUAAAUCUUUAAUUCAACUAAAAUCAUAUCAUGUUUUACCAUUCAAAUUCAGUGUAUUAAUAUACUUAAGUGAUAAGGAAUGGAUUUAUAUUUGUUUGUUGGGUGGAGGCAUACCAAGAAAAAAACCCGGAAAACUUUGCUCCAUCCAACGAAGAAAAAAAAAUCACUCCUUAAAUAUCUUAAACCUAGAGAGAUAUUUCUUUAAGUUGGAAAGAUGUCUCUUCAUUUAGAUUGAUAUCUCUUAUUUUUUUUAGAUAUCUAUUUAACGCAAGGAGAUGUCUAUAUCGAUGUAAAAGAGAUAUCUCUCAAAGUUACAAAAAUAUCUCUUACAAGUUUUCAAAAAGAGAUAUAUAUCUUUUGAAAGAUAUCUCAUAAACCUAAAGAGAUGUAUUUUCCCAUUUGCCCUAUGAAUAACCUUCGCUAUAAAUGAUAAGGUGAAAAUAACGAACAGUGAUCAAUUUCACAACCCCUAUAUAAAAUACAAAAUUAAGAGUUAGGCAAACACGGACCCCUGGACAUGCAAGAGGUGGAAUCAGGUGCCUAGGAGGAGUAAGCAUUCCCUGUCGACCGGUCACACUCGCCGUGAGCCCUAUAUCUUGAUCAGGUAAACGGAGUAAUCCGUACUCAAAAUCAGUGUGCCAAGAACGGCCUAACAAUUGGUAUGAAACACGUCAGACAGCAUUUGGCGCAGUGAUAGACAGUAUUGGCAAACUAGAUCGUUAUAACGACCAUAUAAUUUGCUAAAUACUGGAAUGUUGCUGUAUAUUGAUAUGGGAAGUUCACGAUAGAGAAGCUGAAAUCAUCACGUUUGUCUUAAAGUUGAGUUGUUAGUUUGCCGUUAAUAUUCAUUUUCAAUAAAAUAUCUAAAUACGAAGCAGAUGUGGAAGAUUAUGUGAUGUCUUUCAUCUCGAGUUCACAAGGAUAAAUCGAAUCGACAUAUGAAUGAAAAUCUUUAAAACUAUUUUGAAUCCAAUGCAACAUUAAAUACCAAGGGCUUACUCUACUGAAUAUUGAAUUUAGAGAUUUACAUAUUUGUUAAUUGAUCAAUAUAAUUGAAAAGAUCUAAAAAUCUACCAUCAUUUAAUUCAUUUAUCGAAGAUGUCAAAUUGCUUAAUGGUGGAAAUUGCUAUCGGUCUUGUUUCCAAAGUUCAAGAGAAUUACUGGUAAUUGAUAUUAGUUUUGAACACUUUACACCACCAUUUCGUACAAUAACAAUAAAUUAAAGACCAGGCUUUUUGACAUCGUAGAAAGCUACUUAAAACUGGAAAUAAACGUCUCAAGAGUAGGGCCAAAUUACAUUUUGUUUACUGUUAGUACAUGUACAGUAUGACGAUUUUGUUUACUGCUAGUACAACAUGACUAUUUUGUUUACUGUUAGUACAACAUGAUUAUUUUGUUUACUGUUAGUACAACACGACUAUUUUGUUUACCAUUAGCACAACAUGACUAUUUUGUUUACUGUUAGUACAGCAUGACUAUUUUGUGUACUGUUAGUACAACAUGACUAUUUUGUGUACUGUUUGUACAACAUGACUAUUUUGUUUACUGUUAGUACAACAUGACUAUUUUGUUUACUAUCAGUACAACAUGACUAUUUUGUUUACUGUUUGUACAACAUGACUAUUUUGUUUACUAUUAGUACAACAUGACUAUUUUGUUUACUGUUAGUACAACAUGACUAUUUUGUUUACUGUUAGUACAACACGAUUAUUUUGUUUCCUGUUAGUACAACAUGGCUAUUUUGUUUACUAUUAGUACAAUAUGACUAUUUUGUUUACCAUUAGCACAACAUGACUAUUUUGUUUACUAUUAGCACAACAUGACUAUUUUGUUUACUAUUAGUACAACAUGACUAUUUUGUUUACUGUUAGUACAACAUGACUAUUUUGUUUACUGUUAGUACAACACGAUUAUUUUGUUUCCUGUUAGUACAACAUGGCUAUUUUGUUUACUAUUAGUACAAUAUGACUAUUUUGUUUACCAUUAGCACAACAUGACUAUUUUGUUUACUAUUAGUACAACAUGACUAUUUUGUUUACUAUUAGUACAACAUGACUAUUUUGUUUACUAUUAGUACAACAUGACUAUUUUGUUUACCAUUAGCACAACAUGACUAUUUUGUUUACUAUUAGCACAACAUGACUAUUUUGUUUACUGUUUGUACAACAUGACUAUUUUGUUUACUAUUAGUACAACAUGACUAUUUUGUUUACUAUUAGUACAACAUGACUAUUUUGUUUACUGUUAGUACAACAUGACUUUGUUCUGCAAUUUAUGAUUUACGUGUUUUGAUAGUAAUCUUAGUGUCAGAGUGUUUGUCAUUAAGAAUAGCCUGGUAUAGACAUUGACGCUGGGGGGAUACCGCAAAUUCAUUGUUUGUGCUGCUUUGGAGCAAAUUCACAUCUUAUCUUAAUUUUGUCUUUUUAAAAAUGUCGCAUCGGAUCUACCUACAGAACUGUAGCUCUCUAAAAAUAUUCUUCGAUCUGUCCCAAUAUUUUUUCAGAGAACUACAAUUCUGCAGCUACGUCGUAUCCUGAGCUGUGCUAGAUUUACAUCUUACAGUUUGAAGAACUGACGAAAGUGGUAGACAAUUAGCAUUGCUCAUGUUACGAGCUACUGGUUUUUUUUAAUUGUGUGCCUUUAUCCCUCAUUUUUUUCUCUCUUUCUUUCGAGUUGGUCCCCCUUUUCAAAAAUUGAUUCCAAUUUGUAAAAAGUUGUAUAAAUGCGAUAUCAUACCGUGUAAUCAUAGUGUCAAAGUAAAUCAGAGUUCCACAAUGCUCUAAGUAAGCUAGAGUUCUGCAAUGUCGAAACAAUUACGUCCCUAGUUCACUGAAAAGGAAACUAAUUACCCGGCCCCGCCUCUCUUUAAUAAAUCUAUAUAGAUAUAAGAAAUAAUAAUAUGGAUACAGAUAUACUAUUCAAUAUGGAUAACAUAAAUAUCGGAGUAGUAAUCCCCAAAGCAUGCACCCGGAUUCCCUCUAUCCACUAGAACAGUAGUAUUAUUUUUCAUCCGGGUUAUCAACCAUAUAACUUUUUGGCAACUAACUUUUUAAAAAAUAAGUUAGCUUUACUUUCAGAUUUGUUUCUAUUUCUAUGCCAGUAAUUUCUUAAUAUUAACAUUAUGAAAGCGUUACAAUAUUAUACAAGUCUUGAUUUACAUGUAUAUGUCAAAUUCUUGAUUUACGUUCGAUAAUUUUGAUAUUCAUAUGCAGAGUGUUAUGGGUCAGAAAAUAUCCACCAGCAGAAUUUACUAAAAAAGGCAAUUUCAAAUUAACACAAUUUAUUUACAAUUAUUGAAAGAAAAUUAUAACAAUAACAAAAUACUAACUUGUGAUAGAUGUACAAAACAAUGUCCAAUGCUAAACUGAAUCUACACACAGUCACAAGUUAUUCCUAAAUCCUAGUUCCCAGUUAUUGGGUAUAGUCAUCAAUUCUUUAAGUCUUUUUCUACCAGAGCUUAACAUCAUCAAAAUUCACAGUGUAUUUAUAAUAAAAAUGAAGCCUCGGGAAUAUUCAUGAAAUACGGUUACGCAAGUGUUACGUCAUCUUCCUAUUAAAAAAGUAAACAUCGAACUCAAGAACAAUCUAGGUCACAGGUGUUAAUCAAGUACAAGUAUUACCCAACAAUAAAUCUGAAUGUAUAUAUUCGAUAAUGUUGAUGUUUAUACGUAAAUCUUGAUGUGUAUUCGAUAAUCUUGAUGUUUAAAUGAAUAUAAAGAUUAUCGAAUAUUAAUCAGGAUUUACGUAUAGUACAUGCAGGGAUUAUAAAAUCAUAUACAUGUAUUGAUUAUUAUCGUAGUAAAUAAUGUUUUGACUACGGGUAACUCCAUUUACCUUAUCAAGAUAUAGGGCUCAUGGCGGGUUUGAUCGGUCGACUGGGGAUGCUUACUCCUCCUAAGCACCUGAUCCCACCUCUGGUGUGUCCAGGGGUCCGUGUUUGCCCAACAAUCUAUUUUGUAUUGCUUAUAGGAGUUAUGAGAUUGGUCUUUGUACGCUAUCUUCACUUUUCAUAAACAUCAGGAUUAUCGAAUAUACAUCAAGACUUACGCAUAUAAACAUCAUAAUUAUAGAAUAGACAUCAAGAUUUACACAUAUAAAUCAAGACUUAAAUAAUUUCACAACGUUUUACGCCAGAGAACAUAAAAAUGUAAAUUUGUUAAUUCUUUUAAAACUAAAUUAAGGUUAUAAACUAUAAUUCAAAAAAAAAAAAAAAAAAGAUCGUUUGACGUUAGAAAAAACUUGAAAAAUUUAUUGAAAUAGAAUUGUUAAUUUAAAAUGAUAAACAGAAGCAAAAUUGCUAAAAUAAAAAUGUUUAAAAAAUUAUAAAUUUAUAAUCAUAAAUAGAAAUAGAAAUGUUAAAAUGAAUUUAUAGAAUUAAAAUCCGUAAAUAGAACUUUAAAAGCAAACAUGUUAAGAUGUAAUUGCGGCAAUAAUAUACCUCCGUAUCAUACCAAAGUUGCAUUUGCCGUAAAAUUGUCACCGUAGCGAAUAUUUAUAUAUCUAGGAGGCAUCAAAAUUCAAAUUAAAUUUACUGAUGUGUAACAGAUAAUUAUGUGUAUCAUGAUCAGUCUGAUGGGUGUAGUGUAUUUUAUAUUCAUCAUUUUAGAACGAUUUUGUAAAACAAAAAUUGAGCAGAAAUUUUCUUAUUUAGGGGUAGUAUAUAGUAUUCACAUCGGCAAGAGUUUGACAAAAAACAUAAUCUGAACUUUAAAAACUCAUGAUUUAGAUCAGUUUUCUAACAUCCGUCUGAUUUGACUGCAGAAAUGAAUAGUUCAAAAUUUGUUUGUAAUAUUCUAGUAACAUUCUUAUUACCUUAGACUUCUCAAUUUUCUUAAAAUCUGUCGAAGAUGGACAAUUUGGACCCUUUACUUUGUGCGCUAUAAAUAGAAAUACACCAUUGUGUACAUGUGUAUGCAUUCAAAUAGCUUUCAUAUGGGCGGAGGCCAUGAUCAUUCAAGCGAAUCACUAGAAAACAGGUGCUGUUGAACAACUGAACGGAAACAAACGUAAAAGAAGAUGGAGAAAAACGGAUUCCAUGGAACUGCAAAUGCGGCGUUUGAUGGUGACGAAGGGGUCCACGUGUCUGUGGUGGAAACAAAUAGAAAGCUUCCAGCGAAAGAAGACACCGCGGAGGCAGUGGACACGCGGCUGGGACUGGGAUCAUGCAAACCGCAAUAUUUACAGUCCCUGAACAAGAUGUCCCUUUUUGUUCUGUGGGCCUUUAUCCUGUGCUUCCUAGAGGGCUUUGCUGUAAACGGGAUCGCCAACGCAGGUCUUCCCGCCAUCGAAAAACAUUUCAGCAUCUCCUCCACUAAGUCAUCAGUCGUCGCCAGCUCGCAGGACUUCGGUGCGUUAGCGGUAGUACUGUUCGUUAGUUUCGUUGGUGCCAGACUUCAUAAACCUCGUUUUGUUGCCUGUGGUUCCGUAAUUAUGGCGAUUGGGUCCUUCCUUUUCAUUGUACCACAUCUGGUAGAAGAGUAUAAAUUUGGAGGUGCUUUGCCAGCCUCGGGCCCAACAGGUGCCUGCAACGGAACGCGAGGGGCUGCUAUGGACCCCGCGGAAAACUGUGAUUCUCCCGGGGAUAGGUUUAUUCCGGCCCUGGUGAUCGCCCAGAUGAUUCACGGAAUAGGCUUUUCCCCGAUGUUUACCCUUGGAUUAGUCUAUAUAGAAGAAAAUGAAGAACCCUCCCUCGCAGCAGUUUAUAUAGGGUUGACCUAUGCUGCCGCUGCUAUUGGUGUUGCUGCUGGAUUUUUUAUCGGUGGACAGAUUCUACAAAAUUAUUUCGUCGACUUUGAUAGAGUGAGUGUGGAUUUUGAUGCCCAGGACCCUCGAUGGGUCGGUGCGUGGUGGUUUGGAUUUAUUUUCACAGCCAUCCUUUUUAUUAUCAUCGCCAUUCCUAUUUCACUCUACCCCAAAUCAAUGCCAGGAAGUGAGAAAUACAGAGUUGAUAACAAACCCAAACACCCGGAUAAUGAUAAACUAACACUAUGUCAGUUGGCGGCAAAACUUUUCAAACUGUUCAUCAAGACAUUUCUGAAUUUGCUUAAAAAUCCUGUCUUCAUGUUGUUGAAUUUGGCCGGAAGCUCGCAGACACUGAUCAUUGCUGGAGUUGGUGCAUUCUCGUUCAAGUUUCUCACGGAACAAUAUAAUCUUAACUUUGACGAUUCAGGAUAUCUGAUAGGUGGUCUGAUAUUAGUGGGGUCUUUUGGAAUGUUCCUGGGAGGACUGCUGGUUAAAAUAUUCAGGUUGGAGAUCCUCGGGAUGACCAGACUUUGUGCUGGAGCAGCGUUGCUGGCAGGGAUUCUCGGGAUAGCUUUCCUGGCUGGAUGUCCCGAAGUCCCAAUAGCUGGACUAGAGGUUGCUUAUCCAGGACGCACUACAAUAGACGGUUUUGCCGAUGCAUGCCAUGCCACAUGUGAUUGUGAACGACAAAGUUUCUCCACGGUUUGUGGGGCGGAUCAGACAGUUUAUUAUUCCCCUUGUCAUGCAGGAUGUACGGAAUUGAUGGGAAUGGGCCCUACUUCGACCUACUACAACUGUAGCUGUAUAGCGGGUGCUGCGACAGCCAGGCCAGGUCGAUGUGAGGACAAUUGUACUCAGCUGAAAAUUCUAGCCCCCUGUAUGUUUAUUGCCAUGGUGGCCGUUCUCACAGCAGUAACACCGACUUCAAUGGCUACGAUGAGGUGUGUCGACGAACAGGAUAAGCCGUUUGCUCUUGGUAUACAAUGGGUAUUUGUGCGGUUAUUAGGUAUGAUCCCGGGUCCCGUGUUGGUUGGCUGGGUCCUAGACAGAUCUUGUUUGUUGUGGUCCGGUGGGUCCUGUGGGUCCUCUGGAUCCUGUCUUCUGUACAGCCACGACAAGAUGGCGGUUGGUGUCAUGUUGUGGUGGGUGAUGGUGUCCCUAGUGGCGUCCGUUCUCUUCUUCAUUGCCUCCAUUAUUGUUGUUUGCAAGAACUCGUCCAAAUCGUUCGAUCUAAAGUCCGAGGCAUCGUAGAUAUUUUUACGUAUUUAGAUGCUUUGAUAAGAUAAGUAAAUUGUUGAAUAGUAUUCUUGAUGACAUAUAUAUUCCUUUGAUUGGAAGAAAUACCCGGAAAUCCCAUCUGAGCAAGGUUAUAGAAGGGAAACAAAUCUUAUAUAGGCAUAUCCUCAAACCUUGUAAAUCACUACAUGAAUAUGUCUUUGGAAUGCGCAAAAUGUUGGUUUGUCAGCUGACUUUUGUUGAGAAGGGUAAUUAAUAUCAUGGUGAUAUAUAUAUCUUUCAUGUAAUCGUCCAAUUAUUUUUGAAUAUUUCUACGCACAGUCCUUGUUUUGUAUACAUCUUCCAUGCUUACCGGUAAAUCUCGUGCGAUUUUUUUUUGCAGGAUGGUAAAUAGUUAGGAAUGUAAUGUUAUUUUUGCCCAUUACCGAUUUGCAAAAAUUAGUUGUAGUAUACAUGUAUUAUUAUUCGCCCAUUUUCAGCUGGACCAAAGCGUUUACAAAUGAAAUUGUGGUGAAAGUCCUGGCAAAUUAUCAUGUUUGUCUAGAUUUGUGUGUGUUAUUGUCGAUUUAAUAGUAUGUAUAUAGGAAUGGUUUUAGAAUAAACAAUGUAUUUUUGUUGUACCCAUUUUAGUCCUGAAUUAAACAUAUCAAAAUGCACAA